UAUUCCGACUCGUGCAGUUGUCUGAGCGUCCCAGCCCGCGCGCCCCCAUGUCGUACCCGCACCCGCCCAGGCGCACGGGGCUGCCUCGCGCCGUGCUCAGGUGGCUGCAAAGCCUGGACCUGAGCUUCUUCCCUAGGAACUUCCGACGGGACUUCUCCAACGGCUACCUCAUCGCCGAGAUCUUCUCGUGGUACUACCCCGCCGACAUCCACAGCCACAGCUACGAGAACGGCGCCUCGCUGGCCACCAAGCUCAGCAACUGGUCCCAGCUCGCCCAGUUUUUUUCCAAACAAAAAUUGAAGCCUGUCCAAGAACUAAUAGAUGGGACCAUUCACUGUAAACCAGGAGCAGCAGAAAUUUUGGUACAAGACAUCUACUCAAUGCUGACAAAUAGACAAAUUAAAAAUAUACAGGAUGAGGUUGACUUUACAGACUACUAUUAUCAAGAGCAGUUACCAAUGGUUGCCAGGUCAACAGCUUCAAAAGCUAUCAAGAAUAACAUUAAACUAACAGAAAUAAUGAUAGAACCCAACAUCAACAAAAAUAGACAAAAAGUUAAUGCCAUCAUCAAAAUGCAUACACGACAGAGACUGGUAGAGAGGGAAGAAAAUCCAAGUGAGUAUUUUUUUCAGUGUAAAGAACUGGUGUACAUUGAGCAAGUGAUUGUUUCCCAUGUGUGCUGUCCUAGUUUGUUAGUCUGAUGAUUGAAAAUGGAAAAUAGUUCAAGUAUUUGCCUAUCUUUGGGGCAAGUCAGGUUUUCUUUAACUAUGACUUGUUACCCCACUGAAGUUAGUGGAAUUAUUGGCAUGAAUAACAUGAAGCCCCACACUCCCCACCAUCAGUGUAGCCCCGAACCUGGUCAGCUGGAGCUCUUUGAUCCUAGAAUCCCAGAUUUUAGAGGUUCAACCUGUAUUACAAUAAUGAAAUAUAAUUUAAAUAACCGAUACAAUUUCCAUCAGUGCCAUAUUACUUACAAGUGAUUCAUCCCCAUUUUGCCAUUCCUUGGCAUUAAACACUAUUGCCAUCGGUUCUUUAGGUGGCUUAACUCCUAGUUGAAGUGAUGUUUCUGCAGCAGAGAGAUCUUCCUUGGUUCUCCAAUGAUUUCCUGCUAGUAAAAACACACAAGUAGGACAGUACUGGACCUAGCUGUCCACUUAUUAGGUCAAUUUAAUUUAACUGGACGGUAGGCUUGGGCUGGAGCUUGCUCAAUUAUUCUUAUCUUUCACUUUUUCUUAUCUUGGGUGAUUUUGCUAAAAGCAACUAGUCUUUUUAAAAAUUAUUCUCUUGGGGUCCUGAUCCUGCAAAUACUAAUGUAUGUAUUGACAGAAUUUUAAAGUCAAAAGAGCCCAUAAGACAUCUAGUUUGACCUCCUGUGUGGCAGGGGCCAUUUAUAUUUUGCCCAGUUAUCUGUUUGAAAUUCCAUAACUUGUUUGACUAAAGCAGUGUUUCUUUAGGAAAGCCUCUAGUGCAGUGGUCCCCAAUGUGGUGCCCGUGGACGCCAUGGCGCCCGCCAAAACAUCUGGGCUGGCCCCACCCCCAACGCGCGGCACAUGUGUGGUGUCGGCCUUGGGCUCAGGGCACGUGGGUGGCUCCUGCCCUAGGCGUGUGGCACAUGUGUGGCCCCACCCCCGGAAGCGCGGCACAUGAGUGGCCCCGUCCCUGGAAGCCCGGCAGCCACGAAAGAUUGGGGUCCACUGCUCUAGUGGGACUGCAUCACUUUGUUUACCUAAAGCAGGGAUGAGGAACUUUUUUUGGGUUGGGGGGCCACCUACCCACAGAAAAAUCAGCCACACACAAGUGAUAAGUUAAAAAUAAAAACAACAAAAAAACCCUCACUGAUGUGGCCCCUGACCAAGAAGGAGAAAGUGAAGAGUGUCUAUCUCCUCACACACCAGAUCCUAAGGGGGGCAGGAGCAGGCUAUUAGAUUUUAUGGCAUCCAGUCACACGGUGGGGUGGCAGUGGAGCUUAAGUGCCAGCGCUAGCUCCCCAGUGCUGGAGGGGAGCCCUGAGCCUCAGGGGCCAGAUCCAGGGGCAAGCUGGAUUUUGUGUCCCCCCCUUGCAUGUAGCUUUUGGAGAAUAAAAUUACACUAUUUUUUGGCUGGAGCACUUUUUUCUUUUGCUGAAGUUUGUGAUUAAAAACUAAUUAAAGAAACCAAGAUAAAGGUGGAAAUAUUCUUCAAAUAAGGAAAAAAAAUGACUUUGAAUAAGUGGCCAGUUGUAUGGAGGCUAUGACUUUAUGG